CUACUCAAUGUCACCCUCGAUUUCCACUUUUCCAGUUCUCCUGACAGUCUGAAACAGUGAGUAAUCCUUGGCUGCUGUCAUUUCCCACCAAAACGAUGGCGGCGAUCGGUUCCAACUGUGCCUUCCGAUCAGAGAAAGUUCCUCUCUCGGCCCCCUCUUACUCUUCCUCCGAUGCCGGUCUCAGAUUUUCCCGCGUUUCGGUAGCUUCAACUCCUCGAUUUCCUGUAAUCCGUCGAAACAUCUCAUGCCAAGCUUGGUCAGCCGCCGCCUCACCUUCUUCUUCCGUCAAUGGUAAAGCAAAAGGAGAAAUGAAGGAUUUUCUGCACAUUAAUGACUUUGACAAAGACACCAUAAUGAGGAUUUUACAGAGGGCUGCAGAGGUUAAAGCAGUCCUAAAAUCAGGAGACAGGACAUUUCUUCCUUUUAAAGGGAAAACAAUGGCAAUGAUCUUUGCAAAGCCCUCUAUGAGGACAAGGGUUUCAUUUGAGACUGGGUUUUUCUUGCUUGGAGGCCAUGCUAUUUAUUUAGGACCUGAUGAUAUCCAGAUGGGUAAGCGGGAGGAAACUUGUGAUGUUGCGCGAGUUCUAUCUGGGUACAAUGACAUUAUCAUGGCACGUGUCUUUGCUCAUAAGGACAUUCUUGAUUUGGCUAAAUAUGCAAAUGUACCUGUCAUUAAUGGCUUGACAGACUAUAACCAUCCUUGUCAAAUAAUGGCUGAUGCCCUCACAAUUAUUGAGCACAUCGGUCGAUUGGAAGGAACUAAGGUUGUCUAUGUUGGGGAUGGAAAUAACAUUGUCCACUCUUGGUUGUUGAUGGCAUCAGUUAUUCCUUUCCACUUUGUUUGUGCCUGCCCCAAAGGUUUUGAACCAGACAAAGAGACGGUUAAGAAGGCUCAGGAGGCUGGCAUCAGCAAGAUUGAGAUCACAAAUGAUCCAAAAGAAGCAGUCAGAGGAGCUGAUGUUGUUUACUCUGAUGUGUGGGCAAGCAUGGGGCAAAAGGAAGAGGCAGCAUAUCGCCGUCAAGUGUUUCAAGGAUUUCAGGUGGAUGAAAUGCUGAUGAAGGUAGCUGGCCCUAAAGCUUAUUUCAUGCACUGUUUGCCAGCAGAAAGAGGAGUAGAGGUGACAGAUGGUGUGAUAGAGGCUCCAAACUCCAUUGUCUUCCCACAAGCUGAAAACCGCAUGCAUGCUCAGAAUGCCAUAAUGCUUCAUGUUCUUGGUUUGUAAUUGCAAUUUGCGCCUGAAUCGUACGUUAUCUUGUUGCCUAUCUUGCGUUUUUAAACGAAUACGAUCCAGAACAGACAUGUUGGUGGUCUAUAUCUCAAAUCUUCACCCUCCCUCGAAUCUGAUACCUGUAAUUUAGAAUGCCAAGUCAUUUAUAUUCCUGGAGGGCAAUAUUUUUGUUUGAUAUGGAAUAAUCAACCCUCAAAAUUAGCCAAAAAAGAAAAAAAGAAAGAAAGAGAGAAAAAAACAGUGAGAGAGAAACAAACCCAAGUAAAAUGACUGUAUGGAAGACGUUCAAGUACGAAAGAACUGGAGCUUUUGAACUUCAGCUUUUUAAUGUUUGAGGUCUUAAACUUGAAUCCUAGAAUGUUUGGAAGAGUCUGGGAAUUAUUGUAUGAU